GGAUCUCACAUAUUUUAUUAUUGCAACCAGCUCCAUUUUUUGCUGUAAUUAUAGGGGCAUUUUUUAGUAUGAAUUAUUGAUGACUUAUAUCACACGGAGUUUUAAUGAAGAAUUCCUUUUAAGUAAAUUUCCUGCAAAAUCUUGAAUAAUUCUUCAUAGCAAUAGCAAGCGACAUUUCUGUGAAAUUAGAAGAAAACUAAAGGAUUGCAAAUGGCGGAAGCAAUUGUGUCCAUCGUCGUGGGAAGGCUUACUGAUUUAUUGAACGAAGAAGUUCAUCUUCUUGACGGAGUAAAAAUUGAAAUUCAACAAGUGGUGUCCGAGCUCAUUCGGAUGAAGACAUUCUUACCACAUGCGGUUUCCAGGAUACAUGUAGAUGAUGUCCGCAUUUUGCUUGCGGACGUUCGGGAGCUUGCCUAUGAUGCUGAGAAUGUCGUUGAAAGUUUUCUGGUCACUUCCUCCUCCGCAAGAAGUAGAACAAAAAAAAUUAAAAUUUUGCGAACAAAGAUGUCCCUCAUCUUUGAUCGUUUUGGCAAAUAUAAUAUCAGGUCUACUUUAAAAUCCGAGGAAUCAAAAAAAUCUCCACAUCAAACAUCCGAAAAGCUAGAGCGGUUUUACUCUCAUACUAUUUUUGAACCGGACAUAUUUAUUGGAGUUCAUGGAGUCGUUGAUAGUUUGAUUAGGCAUUUGGUUGAUGGAAGUGAUGAUUGUUACCCGCUUAUUUCUAUUUGCGGGAUGGGAGGUUUGGGCAAAACAACUCUGGCUCAAAAAAUUUACAAUCAUUCCACAAUAAAGAAUCACUUUGCGGGUUUAGCUUGGGUUUCCAUAUCGCAGAAGUGGCAAACAAAGAACGUGUUGCGACGAAUUCUCAUAUGUCUCACCCCGGAGAAGGAAAAGGAAAUUCUUGGUUUUGAUGAGGCCAAGCUAGUGAAUAAUCUGAUACAAGUUCAGGAAAGGAAAAAAUGCUUGAUAGUCCUUGAUGACAUUUGGACAAAAGAUGCCUGGGAUUCGAUAAAAGGGGCCUUCGCUGCUGAAAAAUGCUUAAGCAAAUUAAUGCUUACAAGUCGCAACGUUGAUGUUCCUAAGUAUGUACAUCCGAAAGGAUUUGUUCACGAACCAGGUUGUCUAGAUGCAGAACAAAGUUGGGAGCUACUUCGGUUCAAAGCACUUCCUAAAGGUGGAGAUGCUCUAGAUAUUACUAGAGACGUUAAAAGGAUGGAAGAAAUGGGGAGAGAAAUGGUUGAAUAUUGUGCGGGUCUUCCACUAGCUAUAGUGAUGUUGGGGGGAAUUCUCGUGACAAAACCUUCCUUGAUAGAGUGGGAGAAGGUGUAUCGUGAUACGAUGUUGUCUCUGGAAAGGGGCAAAGAACUGGGAGAAGUCUAUCAACAUCAAUUACACGAGGUUUUAGUUUGGAGUUACAAUGACUUGCCUCCUCAACUGAAGCCGUGCUUUCUUUAUUUAGGUAAAUUUAACGAAGAUGAAUGGAUAGAAGUAGAGACUUUAUAUCAGUUAUGGAUCGCAGAAGGAAUGGUACUGUCAAGUGACAAAAAGAAUGGAGAAACAGUGAUGCAAGUGGCUGAAUCGUACUUGGGGGAACUGGUCCAUAGAAGUAUGGUUCAAGUGAAAUAUAAGGAUAUCGAGUCAUCGCUUACAAAGUUUAAGUCUUGUUCUCUUCAUGAUCUUAUGAGAGACCUCUCCCUAAGCCAAGCAAAAGAGGAGGAUUUAUACAAAGUUAUUGAUCUUCGAGAAAAAAAUCAUUCUCAUUUGAAUGCUUCUGUGGGCUCGAGGGCUGCUGCCACUAGACAGCUUGUUGUUUAUUUUGACGAGGAAUAUACAAGCAAACAAGCAAAUCCCUCCUUUGGCAAGAAAGCCAACCAGCAACGAUAUCGUUCAAUGUUACUAUUCAACGAGUUUAAGACCAGAAGUGUGCCACCAGUGUUGUCGUCAGAUGUUGCUAAUUUUAGGCUACUAAGAGUGUUUGCUUUGGAAGAAGUCCAGUUUGAUAAACAAACUGUUUCUGGUACCCUUUUCCGUAUUAAUCUGGGCAGAGUAUUAGGCAGCCUUGUUUACUUGCGGUACCUGAGUGUAAGGAAGACUAAUUUAUUGCUUUUGCCAUCGAUACAAAAUCUGGUGCUCCUCCAAACACUCAAAUUAGACGUACGAAAUGAUGUACUUUUUCCACCAUGGCUGUCAAGAAAUAUUAUGGGCAAGCUGGGACGUCUGCGCCAUUUGUAUCUACCAGAUUGGAAAGUUCACAGCCUGGGGAAAAAUUCAAAGAUGCGCUUUCAUGGCUUGAACAAGUUGGAGACACUGGAGAACGUGAAUACUCAAUGGUGCGAGGUUAAGGAUCUGCCCAAAUUAACCGGUCUUCAGAAACUGACCUUAAGAGUAGAUGAUAGUUAUGAUGAUGUGGAGGAGGUGAUGAAAUGCUUAACAGCUAUAGCCUUGUCAUCGACUUCAUGUCUCCAGUACUUGGUCCUUACUAUCAGUCAAUGUGAUCUAGGGUCGCGAAAUGGUCCAGACAUCUUGAGGAAGUUGUUGUCAGAUCAUAGAUACAACCUUCAGGAAUUAAAAGUAAUUGGCCAACUGCCAGAGCUGGCUCAAUUAUUCGAGCAGCAACAACUUCACGACGCUCCUAUUGAUCUGUCCUUAAUUCAUAUCACGCGCUUACAUCUGAUGCUGUCAUUCCUAGAGGAAGAUCCAAUGCCAGUACUGGAGAAAAUUCAUACACUGCGCGAGCUGUUAAUACACAGAAAAGCAUUCAUGGGGCGCGAACUGGUGUGUUCAGCCACGGGAUUCCCAAAACUUACCCGUCUUGUACUGAGGAAUCUUCCCAACUUGGUGAAAUGGAGGGUGGAGGAGCACAGCAUGCCUGUUCUGUCACAUUUGAUGAUUAGGAACUGUCUGAAGCUGAAGGAGCUUCCAGAAGGAAUCAAGUUUCUCCACUCCCUGGAAGAAUUACGAGUUGAAGUGAUGCCCCCAGAUUUCUAUGAAAGGCUUAAAGUGGUAAAUGGUGCCAAGUAUUCCAUAGUUGUCGACAUUGAUUAAACUGUUGUGCUCUGAGAUUGCAUCCUGUUACAAUUUUUUUCUGUAGUUUGGUCUUGACAUAUGUUUCCAAUUACAGAACAGUUCAAAUGGUGGGAAGUUACACUUUCACUACCAUAAACAACUAUGCAAUAGUCUUGACGCCACUUGUCUAAAGAUGGAACUUUACUCGCUUAAUAUUUGUCUUUUUUGCAGAAGCUGAUUAAUGAAUUCUAUUUGAAUUAGCCAUUGAGAAAAAACAGAUUUCGACCUAUCAACUUCGGCUCGGAUUGUAAUUGCUGUAGAUUUUUGUUGGUGUAUGUAAAUAUCAACUAAAUCUGUACUAAGACAUGUAAUAAUUUUUUUACCUUUCCUCCUAAUUCUUGAACUAGUAAAUUAUAAUCAAUAACUUAGACUUCUCCA